ACUGGUAAUGGCUCCAAAAGGUCACCACUUACAGGCUAUUCAUGCCCGGGCCACCUUUCGGGUGGCUUAAUCAUCAUCAAUCAAUCAAUCUCAAAUUGGGCAAUAUUACAUUCCAAGUUGGGCGUGUUUGUUGACAUUCCUAAGGGUGGCACAGAGGGUCGUGGAGGCCCCAGCACCAGCAGCAACUCGCCGCCGCCACACCACGCUACAGCCUGCCUUGCUUACACAAACACACCUCUCCAAAAUAGAGAAACUUCUCUGGUUACUGGUAACUAUGGCAGAUGACAUUGAUGACCUACUGGAUGAGGUGGAAGAAAGUUUCACAAAUUCUAAGUUAAGAAAAAAAGAUAAAAUUUGUGAAAGUGUCAAGUCAGAUGACCUGAAAGAUCUGCUUGAUGAGUUUGAGCCACCGCCACAACCAAUAGACUCAGGCAACAUUUCAGACAUUGCCAGCUCAAAGUCAGGAGGGAGUAGAAAGUGUAGUACACCCAUCCUCAGUGGGACAACUUGCCCAAAAGGAAUGUCAACAGGUGCCACUCUCAGAGCAUGUGAUAAGCUUCGGUGUGUUUUGUGCGACUCCUUUGUAAUAUUGAUUGAUGGAUUUGCCUGGGCCGAGAAAACAGAUUAUCUCUUUCUCCGUAAUAAUUACCCCGACAUCAGUCGCUUGAGAGCUCGUCUGGAUUCUCAGCGUGGGAUUCGAGCAUAUGCUUGUCAGUGCCAGCACCGUUCUGUAAGAGAAACCAAGAAUGUUAACAGUGAAAGUAACUUAAAAUGGGUAUGUGGGGGACAUUAAGAAACAAGAAUGUAGCAUUAGUGUUCUGUGAUAGUUACUUGUUUUAUGAUGAGUAAACAGUAUAGUGACACAGUACUUAAAAUUUACUGUCAUCUAUGUUUCUGUGUAUACAGUGCAUGAUGGAUGUCAAACAUAACCCAUUAACAGUGUUUUAUAUUAAAAAUACAAGAAGUUUACCCUAUGAUAAGCAAUACAGUAUUAGUUAUAUCUAGAUUAUAAUUUAUUUAUGAAUUACCGGUAUGUAUUUAAAGUUUUAAACUACGGGUAAUUAUUUUUAUUAUUUAACUAGUGAACCAGUUAUGCUUUAUAUAAUUUAUUUACAUUUACCUGUUGUAGCAUAAAUAUCUUUAUAAUGAGGUGCACUUGCAUAACUUUCUGCCAGUGUUGUGUGAAGACGUUGACAACCUCUUAAAGGCAUAAUUAAUAAUUUAUUGAUAAUGUCUUCAGAUAUAUGCUUCCUGCAAAAUGAGCAGGAUAAGAAGUUUUCAUUUUAACCAGGUCAUUAUUCUUAUUAGUUUACCUCUUCUUGAAACUUCUUUUAAUGGAUUAAUUGUUUAUUAAGUGGAAAAUUAAAUGAGACAAAAUAUAUUGAAGAAAAUUCAAAAUAAUUGCACAAAGAUUUAUUAUAAUUAUGAAUAAUAAUACAGUAGAUAAAAAUGUCAGGUUCACCAUUUGUUGGAAGUGGGUAAUUAUUUGUAUUUGACCUUGCCAAUUUGAUCUGCCUGACUUCAAUUUUGAUGCAUGCUUCAGGGUACAUACCAGUAAAUUAAUAAUUGAGCAUCUUUA